ACGCGAAGCACGAAGUAAAGAAUGGACGCGUCGGAGCGGCGGUGAGCGGCAGCGGCUCCGUUAUGCGGCGUUGUGAGACUUUACUGCUCAUCAUCUUGACGGCGGGUGUGAGUGCGGCGGGGCUGCAGAUUCAGUGUUAUCAGUGUGAAGAUGUUCGGCAGGACGACUGCUCGUCUCCAGAGUUUAUUGUCAACUGUACAGUGAACGUUCAGGACAUGUGUCAGAAAGAAGUGCUGGUGAUGGAGGAUGGAAUUCACUACAGGAAGUCGUGUGCGUCGUCGGGGGCGUGUCUGAUCGCAUCAUCUGGAUAUCAGCAGUUCUGUACGGGGAAGGUGAACUCCGUCUGCAUCACCUGCUGUAACACACCGCUGUGCAAUGGCCUGCGACACAAACGCCGAGCGCUGUCAUGCGCCUUCUCUCUACACUCCAGCAUUCCCACAAUCCUCCUGCUGGCCUUCUUCAUUCACUUCUGCCUCUUCUCCUGCUAACACUGACACACAUUUACCCGGCUGUCUCUCUCUCUCUCUGUGUGUCUCUUUCUGUCUCUCUGUUCGUCUGUGUACCGUCACACAGGCUCCAAAAUGAACAUGCCACUCAUUAAUUAACAUGCCAUUGAAGUAAAACUCACAGGUCGGCCAGUCAAUUUUGGAAUAAAAUAUCUACUUUAGUCAGUUUUAUUUAUAAAUGUCUGUUGAAAAACAAAGCUUUAAUAUACAUCAACGUGCCAUGUGUGUUAACAGCGCCGGGGAUUAGUAGUGUGUUAGUAACGUACUCAAGAAAAUCAUUAUUUUACCAAAGAUGAAAGAUUGAUCCUCACAAGUACAGUAGUUUAUUUAGUAGCACAUGACAUUAGUUAGUUAAAUGUUGUCAUUUUCACACGCAUCUUCAUGAAAUCUUGAUGCUGCGAGUGACACACAGUAGCGUCACAUAUUACUGUAUAUAUGUGUGCAUUUGAAUAAAAAAUAAAACAACAUACAGUUGGCAGGUGUUAGAUUUGGACCCUGUGUCCAAUGUAAAUAAUAGUGUCUGUUGUAGUAUUCGAGACUGGUCUUAAGAUCAUUCUUUUAAGAUCUUGGUCUUGUCUUGGUCUCAGACGAAGGGGUUUCAGGACCGGUCAAGACCACAACAUGACUACAUCCGAUUUAUUUGUUAACAUCAUUGAUUUGAUUGGAUCUAGAGGUUUCUGCUUCAAAUGCACUCAAUCAUUUUCUCAUUUCAAAUGUGAUGUCUUUUGUUAGUUUUGUGCAGGGACAGAAAUGAACAGGGUAUGCUUGAAAAAUGUCAACAAAUUCAUACAAUUACACACAAAAUCUAAGAUAUGAUUGCAAAAAGUACUUGUGUUAUUAUAGCAUCUGUGAUUUACACUAAUAUGAGCAUGAUGUGAUUCCAUAUUGAUUGAUUCUAUACAAACGUUCACUAAACCAGAAGUUCAUAUUGAGUGACUUAAUUUCUGUUUCAUACACAAGUUUUGCUCUUUUUCUGCUGAUGAAUUGGUUUCUAGAAGCAAACAAAUACAACCCUUGGUGAAAUUCCUACACAUGUGCAGUUAUUUAUUUAACCUGUCUUCUUUAUCUACUGUUGCAGAUUUAUUUACCACAGCACACAUGUGAAUUAUUUGCUUAAAUUGAAUUACAAUAGUGUACAGAAUAAAACAAAAAACAUCAAAUAGACAUUACAGAAAGUGCUUUCAGAAGUCAUUAUACUGUUUGUUUUGUAUUUCUGUUUCACCAAUCCCAGCCAAGAAUUUUAUGUUAUAAGAACGUUUUUAUAACGUUCUCAUUAAGUUAUAGAAACGUUAUUUUUAAAUGUUCUAGGAACGUUCAAAACGUCCAGUUUUUUAAACUUUGUAUUCACGUUUUGCUUGGUUACAAGAACGUUAUCCAAAACGUUAUUAGAACGUUCAAUUCUCUUGUUAUAUAAACGUUCUCCUAAUGUUUUUCAAAGAUUAUGAAAAACGUUCUGCAAAACGUUUUUAUAAAGUUGAGCCAACGUUUUUGUAGGGUAAUGCAAACUCUAGCAAAACAGUAUUGUAACAUUUUAUUUCUUCAUAUACAAAUGUUUUCUAUACAUUCUUUCUAUGCUUUAGGACUGUUCUUAACCUUACGUUCAAUGUUCUUGUUUAUACGUGUUCUCUCAAUGUUAUUCAGUGGUUAUAAAUUAAAUGAGUUUUAAUGGAAUUUUUACUAAAUGUUCAGUCACUGUGUAAAAUUCACAAAAUACAAUCUAUAAAUAGUAAAAUGGAAAGCUAAUAGUGAAAUUUACAUUAAGUGGUCAAUAAUGUAAAUGUAAGGAAAGAAACACUCAAUGUCCAAGCUUUUAAAUCAUAAAAAUAUUGCUUUUUCAGUUUAAUUUUCAAACAACAUUUUUCAAAUGCAUUAGUCACAAGUGUUGAUUCAAUUUGUUUACUUUGUAAAUACAAGUAAAUGCCAUUUUAAACAAUAUAUUUAGUUUAAACAAUAACAUACAAAACAUAAGAACCAACUAAUAAGUAUUAAGAUUAAGAUCUUAAAAGAAAAGAUGUAAAUGAAAAAUAGAUCAAAGAAUAUAAAAAUGAACAUUAAAGAACGUUCCUGUAAAUAGACAGAAAGAGAAUAUCUAUAUCAACUGUAAAUUAAAAUAAUUUUAAAUGAUGAGGUCGAUGACAUCACUCCAUGUCUCCCUGAAGCACCGGGCCACUGGACAUUUGAGAAGACGUAGGGAGAAAAGACAGUGUUAAAAUGAAAUUGUGGUGAGAUUUAGUAUAAAAAAUACUGAGAUGCUAUACUAUAUGCAUCCCUUCACAUGUUUGUGUUUAGUGGCUUUUCCAAACCAGUCCUUUUUGAAUAGUUUCAACCUAAGAUUGAGUACUGCAAAAACAUGAACAGACAGUUAAUUAUGCCAUUACUACUUUUCCCUGGUUGUCCCUCUGUUGUCUGUUGUUGACCACGGAAUGGGACCGGGUUGGACCUGCACGGUUUCGGCGGGUGGGGCUUUCUGGGUCGCGGCUCGUGGGCUCUCCCUGUUCUUCGUGGACGUUGCUCGGUGGCUUUGGUCGGGGUCACUGAGUGCAGCUAUGACACGUCAGAGGAGAUCUGGCCCUCCCGGCUGAGCCUGGUUUCUCCCGAGGUUUUUUUUCUCCAUUAUUCAUCAUUGGAGUUUGGGUUCCUCGCCACAGCAGAGCAGUGCAGUGUUGACUUGCUCACCGGGAGACUGCAUUUAUUUAUUCAUUUAUUUAUUAGAUAUUAUUUAUUAUAAAGAUCUUGCUUGGUCUAUAAACACCAUGCACUGUGCUGUGUUUUACCUUUCUGUGUUUUUCUUAUUUGCUCCUGUAAAGCUGCUUUGGAACAAUGCACAUUGUGAAAAGCGCUAUAUAAAUAAAAUUGAAUUGAAUUGAAUU